AUGCAACGGUGCACAGUCAGAUGUAGUAUUUCUGCUGGACUCAAGUUCAAGCAUAACUGCUGACAAUUUCCAGAAAGUGAAAGAUUUCAUCAAUGGCAUUAUUCAAAGGCUAGAUGUUGAUACAGGUAAUGUACGGGUUGGAUUAGCCCAAUUCAGCGAUGGCACCAAAGUGGAGUUCUACCUGGACACAUUUAGCAACACUCUGGACAUGACGAACAGUGUGGCUAGUAUAACCCAACUCGGAAAAGGAACUAACACCCACUUAGCACUUCAGUUGCUCAUUGACUCCAUGUUAACAAUGGACAGAGGGGACAGACCAGGCAUACCCGACGUUGUCAUCGUUGUCACUGAUGGAAAGUCGGACAACGAACAGGCCACCAAAGAUGAAGCUAUCAAAAUACAUGAAGCGGGAAUUAAUACAUUUGUUGUCGGUGUAGGAGAUACAUUAAACACAGAUGAACUGAAUAUGAUCGCCACUGAUCCUGACUUUGAACACACGUAUUUUGCUGGUGAUUUUGAUGUUCUUGUCAACAUAACCCAAGAUCUUGUCGAACAUACUUGUUUUGAUCCAGUUUGUAAGGAUCGAACGACAGAUAUAGUGUUUAUUUUGGAUGGCUCUUCAAGUAUCACGGCGGAUGAAUUUCUCAUGCUGAAAGAUUUUGUGAAAAAUGUUGUUAAUCGGCUAGAUACAUCAACAACAAGAGUCGGCCUUCUAACGUUUGCAACUGGGACAAAUAUUGACUGGAAUUUGAAUAAAUAUGGACAAAAGUCUGAUCUACUUGCUGCCAUUAAUGAGGUGACUCAGAUUGGUGGUUCAACACAUACGGCUGAGGCAAUUAGGGUUGUUCGAGAACAAAUGUUCACGACUGAGAAUGGUGACAGAAUCCAAGUGCCAAAUGUCAUUGUUCUUGUCACCGAUGGAGUUUCUAAAGAUGUCGAUCCUUUGCCAGAAGCACAAAAAGCAAAGGAUGCCGGAAUUGCCAUUACCUGCGUAGGUGUAGGCAACGAGUUUAAACAAGCCGGGAAAAAAGCACAAGAUGAAUUGAAUGGAAUCUCAAGUGAUCCAGAUGAAAGCUACGUUUUCGAAGUUGGAUCAUAUGCAGAACUAGAAGGAGUCGCAGCGAAAGUAACUCAGCGCACCUGCUACCCUGAUGUUUGUGGCACGGCAAAAAUAGAUUUGGCUAUAUUAUUGGAUCGUUCCGCUAGUAUCCCAUUAGAUGACUACUUGCUGAUGCUAACUUUCACAAAAGAUCUGGCAAAUAAAGUCGAUAUCGAUGCAGAGCAUUUUCAGAUUGCAGUUGUGACUUUUAGCGAUACUAUCACAACGGAACUUGUACUUAAUCAGGCUGAUUCAAGAGAAAAAUUCAUCAACGCAAUUGACAAUUUCCCAUUAGAGCUUGAAGGAGCUACAAACCACGCAGAUGUGAUCGCUCUUGCAAAUGAUGUAAUCUUUACUUCCGCUAAUGGAGAUCGACCAGACGCCUCUAACCUUAUCCUUAUUAUUACCGACGGAGUUUCGACUGUUAAAACAGAGCAAACAGUAGUUGAAGCAAAUAGAGCUAUGGCGGCAGGUAUCACAAUGAUCGCCAUAGGUAUUGGACCAGAACUAACUGAAAAUAAUGUGUAUCUUGGCACUAUUGCAUCUGAUCCAGAUGAGUUGUAUGUUUACAGUAUCCAAACAUUCACUGAUUUGAACACCAUCCAAAACAAUCUACUGGAAAGAAGUUUAUGCCCCAGUAAUAAUACAGUAUGCUCGGGAAUUACAGAUAUAAUCUUCGCUCUAGAUCGUUCUGGGAGCAUAUCUACUCCUAAUUUUGAAAUUCUAAAAAGUUUCAUUAUUCAGCUUUUGAAUGGUCUCGAUAUUGGUGAAAAUAAAAACAGAAUAGGAGUGCUAACAUUUUCUGACAAUGCUGAGAUUAUAAUUAACCUGAAUGAAUUCUUUGAUGUCACAAGUAUUGUGAACACUAUUCAGACAUUACAAGCCGGGCCUGGUGCGACGUAUACUGCGAAUGCUAUGGCCAAAGCUCGUGAUGAGAUGUUCAUCGAGGGAAACGGAGAUCGUCCAGAUAUACCGAAUGUCCUGGUGCUUAUAAGUGAUGGUGUUUCCACUGUGAAUCCUGGAGAAACAGCACCAGAAGCUCUAGCUAGCAAACAGAAGGGUAUAACAUUGGUGACGGUUGCAAUAGGAGAUCAAGUUAAUGAUGCCGAACUUUCGGAAAUUGCGUCCUCGCGGGAUUUCAUGUUUAAUGUUACUCGCUUUGAAGAUCUCCCUAACAUUGAAACUGCCUUGAGGAAAAGUGUUUGUAAUGAUGAGGAUGAUUGCACCUCCAUUCCCUGCCUAAACGGAGGCAUAUGCAUUGAUGAGCUGGUGUCCCACACUUGCCAGUGCCCAGCAGACUUCUCGGGUUUCAACUGUAAUCACGAAUGCAAUGGUUACAUCGAUCUUGUCUUUGUCUUGGACACGUCUGGGUCAAUCUUUGAAGCCAAUUUCGAUUUGGUUAAGACAUUUGUUAAAGACAUCAUCCUGAAUCUCCCCAUCUCAAGCUCAAAGACUAGGGUUGGAGCCGUAUCAUUUGCUACAAGUGCCCAACGUAACUUUUACCUCAACACUUACUUUGAUAAUCGGGAACUUCUAAAUGCCAUCGAGAGGAUCCCGUACACAGGUGGCGCAACUAACAUCGCAGAAGCGUUGCAGCUUAUCAGACUUGACAUAUUCAAAGAAGUUAACGGUGACAGGGCCUCAGUUCCGAAUGUCGUCGUACUGAUUACCGACGGAGCGUCCACAGUCUCCUCAUACGACACAUUACCACAAGCGAAUCUUCUCAAGAACUCUGGCGCGCACAUUGUUGCUAUUGGUGUCGGCAAUGAACUGAAACCAAGCGAGAUACGUGGUAUGGCUACGGAUCCAGAUGCCGACAACGCCUUAAUUGUUGAAAAUUUCUUCAACUUGAGACUCUUAGAGGCGGAUAUGCUAACAAUGACUUGUUUUGAUACGGAUGAUUGCACAUCGGUUCCAUGUCAAGCUGGAGGGCAAUGCAUUGACAAAGUGAACUCCUUCGAGUGUGUCUGCCCAAAUGGACGUUCUGGUCCUACGUGCUCACUCACGUGCAAUGGCGAGAAGGACGUUGUUAUCCUAGUCGAUAGCUCUGGUAGUAUUGGAGAAGACAAUUUCAAGAAGGUCACAGAUUUUGUACACGAUCUCGUAGACAGUCUGGAAAUUCACAAUGGGCUCUAUCAAGUUGGCGUUGCUACUUUCGCCGACGAUGCGGUACUAGAGUUUCAUUUGAACACAUACGAAAAGAGAUCGGAGAUUUUAAAUGCAAUUAGUUCUAUACAAUAUACGAAAGGAGCUACCAAUACUGCUGGGGGUAUUGAAUUGGCAAGAACAAUGUUCUCUCCUCAAAACGGCGACAGGAUAAAUGCCGACAAUCUUCUCAUCAUUGUGACAGAUGGCGUUCCUAGAGUACGCAAGGGGGAAGAACGCAGCCAAGCCGACACUGCUAAAGCCAAUGGAAUACAAAUAAAAACUAUAGGUGUUGGCCCGAAUAUUAACGCUGAUAAACUUAAGGAACUAGCCAGUUCCCCAACUGACGAAAAUGUGCGGACAGUUAUUGAUUUUAACAGUCUUGGAAAUCAAAUAGAAAGUCUAAGACAGGAGAUAUGUGCAUAACGAAUUUAUCUUUAGGAAUAUACAAUGUUUUUAUUAUGCGAUGACAUUAAUUUUGAUCAAUUAGAAAAUUAUUUUGAAUACACAAAGAAUUCAAGCACUUUUUCAAACACUCACAAAUUAGAAGAUUAUUUUAAUUGUAAACUGGUAUUUUUCUUUCACCGUUUUGGAUAAUAAACUUUAACACGC